AUGAGCACUUCUCAUCAGCCGGCAUUGCCACUUCCCGCCCAUACAUCGCCAGCCUCGACCCACCCGGCAACAUCUCCGGUUCAAAAGAAUGCGCGCUAUCCCGAUAUGCUAAGCUCACCACCGAUCCCGCCGCGGACCUCUUCCACGAAUCACGCGCGCCGCAGCCCCAAUGGAUCGAAGGAUAAGGAGGGCCGUGGAAAAAGCCGAUCUGACAGAAAGGAAAAUCGUGAACGACGUGAGGAUCGCAAUGGCAAGAGUCGGUCGCGUCGAGCCGACCCUGCAGAAGAAUCGACACGUGAAUCUGGCCGGUCAAGGGCUCCACCCCCGGCUACAUCCUCAGUGCAGCCGGAGGACGAUGCAACGAUUCCCAAGGAGCCUAGUACAGUCCUCAACACAGUUAUGGUGAGCGACCCUGCUGUGGUGCGUGAUAGGGAGCAGGAACGCCUGGAAGAGGCGUCGCCCGCGGCUGUGCCCGGUGACUCCAAUCCAGACUCCGGGGUAUCAUCUACUGCCUAUCCUCCAGAGGAAGCGUCUGCGCCUCCGCGCCGUAGUCGGCACGAUUACAGCCACACGGUGAAACGCAAGGAAACUACCUUCGGCUCGUACAUUCUCGGACAAACACUAGGAGAGGGAGAGUUCGGCAAGGUCAAAUUGGGAUGGAAGCGAGAUGGCAGCAUCCAGGUCGCGAUUAAGCUGAUCCGACGGGAGACUCUAGGAUCGAAUCCAUCUCGCCUACCGAAGAUCUACCGCGAAAUCUCGAUUCUGAGCGAGCUUUCCCACCCCAACAUUGUUCGCCUCCAUGAGAUGGUGGAGACUGACCGUCAUAUCGGUAUCAUCAUGGAAUAUGCCUCCGGCGGUGAGCUCUUUGACUACAUCCUCAACAACCGCUACCUCAAGGAUAAUUCCGCUCGUCGUCUAUUUGCGCAGUUAGUGUCGGGUGUCGGGUAUCUGCACAAAAAGGGUAUCGUGCAUCGUGACCUGAAGUUGGAGAACCUGCUGCUCGAUCGAAACCGUAACAUCAUCAUCACGGAUUUUGGCUUUGCCAAUACCUUUGAUCCAGUCGAUCAGCUAGAGGAGGAAAUUGAGUACAACCUCACCAACAAAGAAUAUGUGAAACGCAAGCGCCUCGAUAAGCUCGGGCCCAAUGGAUUGCGCCGGGGUGACUUGAUGCAGACAAGUUGCGGUAGCCCGUGCUACGCUGCUCCAGAACUUGUCGUGAGCGAUUCGCUCUACACAGGACGAAAAGUUGACGUGUGGAGCUGUGGUGUGAUUUUGUAUGCAAUGCUGGCUGGCUACCUCCCAUUUGAUGACGACCCUGCCAACCCGGAUGGAGACAACAUCAACCUUCUUUACAAGUACAUUGUCACCACUCCUCUUACUUUUCCCGAAUAUGUCACUCCCCAUGCGCGUGAUCUUUUACGCCGUAUCCUUGUUCCCGAUCCCCGGAAAAGAGCGGAUCUCUUUGAAGUUGCACGCCACAGCUGGCUGAGCGAAUACUCUCACGUUGUCUCUCAUAUUACCAGCAGUACGACGAACGUUGCAGAUAUUGCUAACGCUACUGUGCCUGCUGAAGGCUUCCCCGACGUACCCACUCUCGCUCGCAGUGCUUCGGUCCGCGAAGCCCCCAAGACUAGCCAAGGCAAUCCUCCCUCGGUUGGUGGCCUUAAUCAUCAUUCUGGUGACAUCUCGCAAGGCUCUCCAAGUGACCGAUCCAAAGCCUCAAAAGACGCGAAACGACGAACGGUCCAGGUUGAAUAUGUUGCUCCUCAAUCCCAGACGGUUCGGGGUGAACCCCAGUCCGGGGCAUCUGGGUCACGGAGCAGAGGAGCUAUUGUCAGUGAUGAAACUGCUGUGGCCAGCGACAAACGAAUUGAUCCAGCACCCAAGCCGGUUGAGAAACCACCCGUCGAUUACGACAAGCCUCUCCCUACCCAUUUCCCUCGCUCCGCCUCCGAUUACCCUACACUCUCCAGCGGAAGCAACGCCCCUGCCCCCGCCACUGGCGCUCGCCCUCAGACUGGUGGCUCCAUGGCAUCAUACCACACAGGUCGUCUCCCAUCUCGUGGCUCCUACGGGCAGCCGGUUGCACCUAUGCUCACGACGGCUCAUACGGAAGCCCGACUGGCACAGCCUAAGAGUGGCCAUACACAACAGCUUCCUUCAUCUUUCAACCCGACUCCCCGGCAGGAUCCACCAAAGAGCGGCCACAAGCGGUCGAGUACGGUGUCAAGCAUUGGGGAGAAGAUUUUUGGACGUUCUGGCUCCAUCUUGGGGAGUCGUGGCUCCCAGGGUAAUGGUGCUCGAACGCGCCCAAACAAGCGAUAUCCUCCGACUAGUAUGAAGGAUCCGAUUUCACGAGAAGACUCACGACUUUCCAUGGAUUCAUCUCGACGGUCGAUGCAGCAUUCACAUAGUCGCAAAGCAAGCGAAGCUCAGACUCCCGAUGAGAUCGCACAGACUCCACGAACCGCCGAUCCUCAGAACCAACGGCCAGCCACUGGGCCCCCCCUCAUUCGUCCCCACACGCAAGACUACGUUGGUCAUGAAAACAUGGAAAUUUUGAACGAGGGCCCUAGUAACGCGGUCCACCAGGGGCCAAAACCAAACAAGCCGGAAAAUUCCAGCUACGAAGCUCACAUUGAUCAGCAAUUUGCAGAGCUCGGAUCCCGGUUUGAACAAGGGCAAGAUCAGUUUGGUAACUUCUCAUCAGAGGAGGUCCACAACAAUGAUGACGACCAAUAUGCGGGCCGCAACUACACCCACCAGUCCAAGCCCAGCUACUACGAUGAUUACAAUGGCACCUACGAGAGCUUGCCUCGACAAUCUAUGCAGGCAGGCCGUGGCAAUGGCCGUGGAGCCAACGUCCUUCAAAAGAACAACCGCAAAUUUGCUGAUGCGUAUGAGUUCGAGUCUCACCAUUCGGGGAGCUCCGGUGCCGCGCGGAAAGUCAUGGACUUCUUCCGCCGACGUGCCAAGUCUCGAGCCGGUGAUGAGAGGUAA